AUUACGAAAUUGCUCUAAACCAAUAAUAGUCAGAGCUCCGCAGAGAAAGAGGGAGGACAAAACAAAACAGCCGCCUUAAAAUCAACACGUUAAUUAAAGCAGGAGUAACGGGGUACGCCGAAUGGAUGAAGAGGUUAGAGAUCCCGCAAGGUAAGGUUAGAGAGAAAAAUCUGUCUCCUGGCUUUCAGAGCAGGCCUGCUCUCCCCGAGUUCAAAACCAUCUUCCGCAAGCUCUGUGGAGACACCACCACCCCCCACACACUCCACCCCACCCUGGGGACUAGGCAGGCAGCCUGAGUUCUGGUUUUAAAAAAAUCUCCAUCUCCUCCCGAGAGCUUUCUGACUCUGGAGACUCAGUUCAGUUGGCCAUUAAUCCAACUUGCUGUUACUCCAGUCAGCUUGAUGGCUUUAUGUAUAAAAAGGGGAAAACAUCCGAAUGUGGUUUCCGUUCCAGCUUCCAUAAGAGGGUGCCGCUAUUGAUUAAAGAGGCGAAGAUAUGCUGUUUUAAUGGCAGUAAAAGCUAAGUGGAGUUUGCAACUUUUGUCCCUCGUUUUAGCAGAGCUGGGUACCUAGUGGCCUAAGACGAGACUGCAGCACACAUCUAUCCAUGGAAGAAGGCAGAUCCAUCAAAAUCCAGGCUUUGGGUAAGACUCUCUCUGCUCUCUCAAACAGUAUAGAUGAGCUGGAAUAUUGACUAAAAUUAUAUUCCGGGUAUCGACGGGACUUUAAAAUAUCAUUUUUUGAUGCAAUCAGGAAACCUGCCUGUCUCUAUGCUCCUCAGGGGACCCUUAUGGCAAUGAAGCUGAACGAGCGCUGCGUGGCACAUUAUGCCACUUGCGACUCUCCGGCAGACCACAUGGGCUUUCUGUGCAAGCGUGUGGAGCGCCGCCACCACCACCACCACACCAGUUCCUACCACCGCUGCUGGUUCAUCCUCAAAGGCAACUUGCUUUUCUACUUUGAGGAGCAGCAGAGCCGUGAACCCCUGGGUCUCAUUGUGCUGGAGGGCUGCACGGUGGAGCUGUGCGAGGCCGCUGAGGAGUUUGCCUUUGCUAUCCGCUUCGAUGGCAGUGGUGGCAAGGCCUAUGUGCUGGUUGCUGAUUGCCAGGCUGCGAUGGAGGUUUGGGUGAAGGCCCUUUCCAGGGCCAGCUUUGAUUACAUGAGGCUCGUGGUUAAAGAACUAGAGAAGCAGCUGGAGGAAGCGCGGAAGAGCUUAGUCACCUGUCACAAAUCUCCAAAGAGACCUUCCUCUGGCUGGAAGCGACAUCUUUCCAGUUCCACAGCAGUACCCCUCCAGGAGCACCCUGUCAUCUCAGAAAAUGGGUACUCCACAUGGGCCAACGGUUGCACUGUUGCAGGAGCUGUUUUGGACCAUGAUGUGGGGUAUCUGAAACCCCCGCCUUUACCCCCUCGCCGAAGACCAGCUUGCAGCAGCGCAGGUGGAAUGCCUGCUCCAGGCCUUGGUUCUGCUGUGCAGGAAAGCCCGGUGUCUCCAGAGACAGCCUGUUUCUCAAAGUUGCACGAUUGGUACGGUCAGGAGAUAGCAGAGGCAAGGAUGGAAUGGCUGCAAAGCCAGAAUGUAUUGUGAACGUAUUGAGGAAAGUAUUUUGGGAUGUGGGGAAGAGGGAGGGAAGGAAAGAGAAAAAUAGACGCAAAACAAGUUUUCACAGACCUCUUAGCGCACUUGUGGAUUUGCUCUUGGCCAACAAAAUUGCCAAAGAACCUAUAUUGCUUUCUGGAAUAGUGAAUUGCAAAUAUAUGUAUGUUCUAGGUUACUCUCAAAAUAUAGUAUCCCCAUGGGGAUCUUGGAAUGCCCAGAAUAUCUCUGAAAAUUAACCAUGCACCAUCUGUAUCUCAAGCAGUGUUAGCAAAAGGCUAUGGCAUACUUAUUUCACUACUUCUUUCGCACUGUGCUGUAAAGCUCAAGUUGGCACUCUCAUGUUUCAAGUGGCUUCUUAACACAUGAGAGGAAUCUGAAUUUCUGUUGAGCCAUACAAUUCAGUUAAUGACAUUCAAUCUAUAUAUUCCAGUUGCUUUGAGCCUUGUGUUAGACUAAUAAUACUAUCCAUUUAUAUAGCACAUUUCAAAUAUCCAAUAAUCUUCACAUACAUUACAUAAAGGUUACUGACAACAAUCUGAAAAGGUAGGCUACUAUAUUUAUCACCAUAUGGAGGGCAAAGCAAAUUGCCUAAGACCACCUCUUGCCGAGGUGAAAUUUGAUCCAGUAGUUUCACACUAUUAGUCACAGUGUUGCCCUAGAGUAGACGUUAUAAAAUGCUUCCCAGAUCCAUAACUAAGGAAUCCUGCACUUUUAGGGCUUUCGCUACAUUUUGAGUCAGUAUUUGAAGAUAACCUCUUCAAGAGGCAACAUGACCUAGAUCUGAGUAAGUGAACCAACAAAUUAGGGACAGUUGCUCCCACAUACUAACAUCAUAAUGUGUGACCAUUUAAUUACAUGGAAUGCCAGCAGUGGGCAGAGCAGAUGUUAGCAUUGUAGUGUAGUCUAGUUUCCACAUGCACUUGCACAUAUCUUUCUAUCCAACUAGAGAAGCAAGAAGCAUUAUUGGAGUUCAAGAACCUGCUCUAGCCAGGUAAAAACAAUCAGGGUGCAAAGGGAGGGGUGUGGUUUGGGGAAUGUUCUAAGGCCCUAUGGAGAAACCUGGAGAGCCACAUUUGUCCCUUGGUCCUGUUGUUCUGACCCACACAAUAGUCUCCUAAGGAAGCCGCUAAUGUGUACAUAGCCUGAUUAGGGUGAAGAACAGUAUAAACCUAGACUUCUCAGCCAUCUCAACUGCAAUCACUGAGUUGUGAGUUUUGUAGUCAUAAGUCCAUGAAUUUCAAUUUAAAUGAUGCCAAUAGGCACUGGAUUCAUGUUCUAUGGUGUCCAGUAUACACUGCCUUUAUAUCAUAUUGCUGCAUUCUGAUUUUUGCGAUCAGGUUUGUUCUUUAGCGUUCUUGCACAUUGGUGACUUUAACUAUAACUAAUUGGCCAACCAAACCAUUGUUUACCAAGUCAUCCUGGGCUCAGACCAGUGCUGGUAAUAACCAGUUGCAACGUUCAAAUGGAAUGACUAUCCCUGCUGGGAGGGAAGAACCACCAUGACUGUUUUUAAUAUGAUAAAAUCAAGUUACCAUGGCAAAUAAUAUGUCACUUCCAACAGUAAAAAUGGUUAAUGUUUUGAAGGAAGAUAGUAAUAUAUCCACUCCAAAGAAAAAAAUUCUGAUCUGCAAUAAUGUUAGCAGCAGCCAGAAUAUACCUGCUAAGGUCGUACAACAAAUGGAAGCUAAUAACUUCAUGGUGCUCUACAUACACCCUUGAAUUACAUUUUUUUGUAUGUUUGCAUGGAUUAUGUUUUACACAUAAAACAAGAAUAUACACUACUGUUUCAAAGUUAUUUGUAGUACAAAUUUAUUCUUGAAUAAACUUUUUAAUAUAUAUAUUGUAGUGUUUGGCUGCACGGUGAUGAGACUGUGUCUUGAGUUCCCUCACUGGGAGUUCUAACAUAAUUAGUGUCCUGCAGGAUCAGACCAAGUAUUUACCUAGUCUACUUUCCAAUGUACCAGAGAUGCCAACCAGAUAUCCAGUCUGGCAAGCCCUCUGCUGUUCUGUAGCCACAGCCCACCCCACUCUUGUAGGUAACAAACUUAAUUUAUUUACAGAUUUAUAUACUCUCUAAAAUGGUCACAGGGUCGUUUACAAAAAUAAUGGUAAUGUAAAAACAUGAUGCACAAUAAACAAAACAUUAGGACAAUUCAUACACACACACACACACACGCAUUUAACAUCACAGAAAUGUGAUAAGCCCUUUAAAAGGAGUAUAAAGAGGGACUUCCGGGUUAGCGCCAUCGCCGAAUGGCGGACUCCCUCCGAGCUCCGGAGGGAGUCUGCUCGGCAGGGGCUGGGUCCUACCGCGCCGGCGACGCGGGGACCCUUAAAAACCACGGGCACGGAGUCCGUGGACAUGGGUGACUCGGCUUGCACCAUUAGCGCCUCCCGACUCGUGAAGGAGCCUUUUAAAGGCUUCGGAUCGGGUGCCGGGAGUGGCGUGGCGCUUGAGUCCACUGCUUUCCUGCCGAGCGCAGCCGCAUGCCAUUCGACGGAGAGCGCUGACUUCUUCUAUUGAAAAUUUGGACUAUUAACAACAACCCGUGAGUAAUUGGGAAACCGGGUUCAAAAUUUUGGAUUUGGCACGAGCGGGGCGAUUUAAAAGGAAGUCAAUCCCCCCCCCUAUUGUAAGCAUUCCAAAACAAGGACUGGGUAACCAAGGUCCAAAGGGAAGUAUGUCUCUGAUAAAAAUCAUUAAUUUCACGAUGGGAAAUUAUAAGAAAUGUGCUGGAGGAGAAGAGUGGAGGGUGAGAAGAAAAUGCAACCCCCCUGGGAACCGGGCGAUUCGUGGAGCCUGGUGAAGAGAGACGGAGACUUUGACAGCUGUCAAAGUGGCUGUCAAAGCUGGAGAAUAUAAAGAGGACUUUGUUAUGAGGACCUUGCUGGUUAAUUUUGUUACAAUUUGCUAUAAUAUGGAUAUAAACUGUUGGAAAAUAAGCAACAAUUUGACUUUUGGAUUAGAGGAUACAAAGUUAUUACAAUCCCCUAGAGGGGUUUCGGGAUACUACAAGAACGGUCGUAAGUGGAAAAAUACCCUGGGAUUCGCACAGGAUUUGUUAUCUUCUGGGAAAGCUGCAAAACUGAAAGAGUAUUUUGUCUACAGAGGAAGACAAUGGAAUUUUUAUUGAAGAAAGAAAGGGACUGGACGUAAGUUUUUGUUCCUGAAUAACAAACCUCUGCAGAGACACUAGAUUUCUGAAUUAGAAAGUUUUAGCAGCUGAACAGGACAAGAAACCUGAGAAAGUGAGGAAUAAGAAGAAUAAAGGACUGAUUACUGACACGGAAAGAACAACGGGAGGAGUGGUAAAGAUCAAGGAAAUUAAAGGCCUUUGUUAGAUUGGACAUUUGAAGUCAAAUAUUAUUUAAAUUAAUAAACUAAAAGAAAACCGGCAAGAUGGAAUUGGGGAGAAAUCUGGUCACGAAAUGAGACUUCCAAGCUGAUAAUGUAUAGACUGAUGGACAUGGGGAAUUCAAACCGGGAAGGGGGGAGAUUGGAAAUCCAAAGGCUGUGUAACCAUUUUUUGAAUUUUUCUAUAUCUCUUAUUUUCUAUUUCUUUACAUAACCUACGCAUGUUAUUUUACUUUGAUUGGACGUGUUUAAAAAAAGGGAAUUUGUGGAAGGAACUGGGGUGGAUCUUGGGGAAAAUCUUUUUCUUUUUCUGUUAAUGAUGUGGGACGGCGGUAAGAUUUGUACAAUUCAAUCUGGAUAGUGGGUUAAACAAAUUAAGCUUUAAAUUGGGAGUGAGAGCUUGUAGAACCAAAUUAAGGAAAGGGGAAUACAACUGGGGGGGGGAGGGGGGGAGUCCCAGAAAGUAGGGAAUGAAAGUAAGGUUUUUAAAUAUCUUCUUUUUUUUGUCUUUUUUCUUUGUAUUUUUAUAUUUUUGGAAACUUUAAUAAAUAUGAUU